AUGGACGACGGGCAGCACGACGAGGCCGCGCGGGUCGCAGAGCUCGACCGCGUCCUCCUGCGCCUAGGCCUGACCGACGACGACAAGCUCUGCGACGUCUUGCGCCUGCUCCUACCCCAGCUCUUCCAGCGCCUCAUCGAGACGGGCGCGGCCUCGGUCACGGCCAAGAUCCUCGACAUCUUUGCGCAUCUUAUCAAGCGUCUCAAGACGUUUCCAUCCAUGCGCGUCGUGCUGCCGCUCGCGUCGUUGCUGGCCUACCUCGACCCGACCGAGCACCUCGUGCAGACGAACGCUGCGUAUGCCCGCAACUUUACCGUGCUCUUCCUCGAACUCGGAUUUCCUGCGCAGCCCGAGGACGAGAAGACGGCGAUCCUCUCGGCACUCGUAAGUGGCCUCGCGGCCAAGAGCGCGUCGGUGCAAGAUACCUUUUUUCGCCUCCUCCUGCAUUCGUUCCGCUUCCAGACGUCGACGCCGAUCCGCGUCCCUGCGUCAACUGACGACGUACUGGUCCUCCUCGACUACCUUCUCGACGUGCUCUUGUGUCCCGUCAUUUCGACAGCGCGCAGCGAGCGCCUCCAGCGCACCAAGUUGCUCUCGCUGGAGAAAGCGUCGCGCACGGACAUUCAGCUCCAGGUCGUCCAGUUCCUCAAAGGGGUCAUCGCCGGUAGCGACGGCGUAAACGUCGCGCUGUGGUAUUUGCACUUUGCCGUCGGUGCGACCGCCGAGUUCCACACCAUCAGCACGUACUGCAGAGAGGAGCUCGACCGCCUCCACAAGUACCAGCUCGACGUGCUCGACAACGCAGCAGCCAUGUCGCUCUUUGCCCGGAGCCUCCUCGGCCAGUCUGCGCCGUCCGAGCUUGGAGGUAUCCUAUUAAACGACCGGCCGCCGCUCCCCGAGGCUGUUGCCCUCCAUAUUUUGCCACUGCUGGGUCUCUCCAAGGCCGCGGCCAACAUCUUUCCCAUGAACCUCCAGCUCAUAUGCACCCUACUCUUUGGCAACGUGACGGCCAAAGCGCUCACACAACCGAUCCGGAAGGCUGGCAUCGACUUUUGUGUCUGGACGCUGAGCCACUCGGACGAGGCGAUGGUCGUCGCCGCGCUCGGACCCGUGCUAUACACGCCGCUCAUGAAGCUUCAGCAAGACCAAGACUGCAGCCCUUCGGUGCGCCACGGCGUGUACUCGAGUCUUUCCAUUCUCGCGACGCGCUGUCCGGCGGUGAUUGCAGCGUCGGCCGAGCCGUUCCAGCACCUGAUGUACCGAGCCAUGCGCGAAGAAGACGAGUCGCGCUCCGGCAGCGUGUGCCUCGAGGCGCUGAAAACGCUCUGCACCGCCUACACGAGUGGCUUGGUGCCAUCCGCCGUGCUGGCGACCAUCAAGCGCGAGAUCCACGAGCUCAGCGAUGCGACGUCGGUCAUGCAGCCCAAGUUUGACCGCGUUCGUGGUAUCCUCGCUUUUUGGGCGUCGCAACUACUCUUCUCCAAUGCAACAGAGUCACCUGGCGGUGACCUGCACCUGCGUCGGGUGCUGCUGCGGUUCGCAGGCGAUGCCAGCGACCAAGUGCGGGAAAUUUGCGCCGCUGCCAUGAUGAAGACACCGCUGCCGCCGUUCGCAAGCGUCGUUUCCGUGUGUUCGCCAGCGUCCAUGCUGACACCGACGUCGUCAGAAGUUGUGUUGCGCAGCACACUGCAGUUCUACUUGGCGUGUUUGGCGGCGAACGAUGUAGCCGGCCUCAUGCCAUCGGACGUCCAUGCACUUGUCGAGGCGUGCAUGGGCCUUAUCGGGGCCGGUGGCAGUCCGGCGUUCGUUGCGUCCGAGGCGCUGGUGCAGCUCGCGGACCUCCCCGCCGCGCGUCCCUUCCUCCAUGAGCAGCUUCGCACGCUUGUCGCUAUCUUGCUCUCGGUCGAAAACACGGAGAUUCGCGAGCACUUGGCAAUCACAAUCGGGUCUCUCGAUCUUCCCGAGAUUGAUGCCCACGGCCUUGCCAUGGAGCUGCAAGCGCACAUCGCGAGCGACCAUUGGCCCGAGCGUCACGGCGCCCUCUCUGGCGUAAGCAUGCUUGCUCGGUCGCUCCGGAAUUUGGACGAAGGCAUUGCAUCGCGCGUACUUGUGCUGCUCCAGCGCACGCUCGAGCCUCUCUUGCUCGGCCAUGCCAGUGUCCUGUCUGCCCACGAUGCCAAGCUGCAGUACGCUCAUGCAUUUGCCUGCACUCAAGUUCUUGGCGCGCUUGCCGCCGCUCACUCGGUGGCCAACCUUCCACUCACGCUCGCGGUACUUCUCGAUGUGCUCAAGCUGCCGUCCAAAGAUCCCGACAUGGCGGAGACGAUCGAUCGCCUCCACCUCCGCGCGCUCCAGUCGCUCGCCUGUCUCUUCUACCACAACGACGAGGCCGCGGCCCUCGUCGAUGACACGGCUUCGGCGCUCGUCACCGCGUACAGUGAUCGGAAAGACGUGUCGUUUCAGUAUGGCAUCGGGCAGCUCUUUGUGGCCAUGGGCCAUGGCCGUGACGCGCCGCUGUCGUCGCUCGUGUCCCAGGUAACAACGCUGCUAUCGUCGCCGAGCCCGCACUUGAAGGCCAGCGGCGCCCUGUACCUCUUUUGCAUCCUAUUGGCAGCGACAUCCGAUGGGCCGUGGCGCGAGUUGAUUCAGUGUCCAGGCACGGCCACGUCCAUCCAUGACCGCGCGAUCGACUUGCUCAACGAAGCCAACGCGUUCACACAAGAGUGCGCUGUGAAAUCGCUGACGCUCUUGUAUACGCUGGCGUCAGCUCCCGACGAGCUUAGCGACACGCUUUUCAAGCGUCUGAAAUGCUACCGCGCCUUUUUGAACGCACCGGCGGCUACAGCGCCGACGCCAACCGCCGACGACGUGACCUCGGCCGCAAAUGCAAUCGAGAAUGCCUGCUACCGCGAAGUGAGCACGGUCGCAGCUGAAGUCGGCGACCCCAGCGUCAUGUACACGCUCUUGUAUCUCUGCACGAGCGACCCGACGUGGGGUGGCCUCCGUGCACCCGUGGCGGUCGGUGUCUCGCGCUUCAUCGCAGCGCCGCUGCAGCUCGACGUGCUACAUACGGCGUUUUCCAAGAGUCAGAUUGAGCGCGCCCAGGUGACGUGGCAUGCGUCGGCGGUCGCGUCGCGUCUGGUGCCGCGCCUCUUUCUCCUGAAAGCCCACCCGAACCCAAAGAUCAGUGGCUGCAUGCUCCAGCUCUGGACGCUGCUCAAGUCGACCAAGCCGGACCUUGUCCACGAUUACUACGACGUCUUGAUGGCGCAUGUUCUCGGCCGUACGACCAGCAAGAACUUCAAGUACCGCGAAGCGUCCUGCGCUGCGCUUGUCGAGUUGCUUCAAGGACGGACGUCGGGCCAAGUCGCUGCGUAUUUGCGAGACCUCUGGAAGGCGACUGCCCGCGCCGUCGACGAUGUCAACGAGUCGGUUGUUAUUGCCAGUAUCAAGCUUGUCAAGUGCGUGGGCGAGCUCAGCGUGCGUGUGGCGACGGCCGAUGCGACGUGCGUGGACGCCGUUUUGCCCUUCCUUGUCGACGAAGGCAUUGUCUCGAGCAACAAACUGUGCCAAGGCCUUUGCAUGGGGUACCUUCUCCGGCUCGUGCAGCAGCUGCCGCCGCACCACCUGCAGGCGCAUCUCAGUACGCUCCCCAUCACGCUCCUCGCGUGCAUGAGCUCGCUCGAAAUGCCCGAGCUCCAAUAUGCGCAAUUUCACGUGCAAGACAAGCGCCAACUCGAGAAGCUCCGCGUCUCUUUGAGUCAGGCCGGGCCCGUGGGCGAGCUCCUGACGGCGUGCUUGACACAGCUCUCGCAAUUGGCGCGCAACCACAGCGCCAUCGUGUCGGGCAUCGUGGGCACCCUGUGCACGGGUGUUUGCACAACGCUGCGGUCGGGCGUCGGCCUCAACACGCGUGUCGGCGCCGCCAACUUUGUCGUCUCGCUUGUCUCGGACGUGCCGCACGAGAUGCGGUCCAGCGGCGGCGCCGAGAAACUUCUGAAAUCCAUUUUCACGCCGUACAUGGCCCACAUGGUGCUCACCGAGGCGCGCGACGGCAGCAACGAGAACGACGGACCCGAAGCCACGGCCCAAGAGGACGGCUUGCGCGACGGUCUUGUCGUCCGCGCGUAUGGCCGGGCGGCUGCAUAUGUCGCCAAGCUCGUGCCGACGCACUUCGUUGACGCGUACGUCUCGCAAGCGCUCCUCGCCGUCCCGACGUCAAUUGUGUUUGCGACCGACGCUGGCAGUACAACAACGACGGGCCUCGGUCGCUACGGCUGGGUCACGGCGACCGCGGCUGCCGAUCUUCUACGCCAACUGCCGCCAACACGCGAGCGCAGUGCCACGGAUACUGACGACGACUGGUGCCAGCGUGUGUUUCCCGUCGCAUUCGCGGGCCAAUUCGCCAACUCGACGGGUCUCGGCGCAGCGUGGGCGACCGUGCUCGAGUGCAUUCCGCCGACGCUGUCGUACUCGUCUCGGUACGUCACGACCGCGCUUGCGUACGCGACGACGCUAGUGGGGCACUUGCUUGGGAAGCGCGCAAGCAAGGCGCACUCGCACUAAAGACGCUCACCGAGCCCUCGUACGCACCGUACAUUGCAUCGUGGUCGCCGACGCUCUCUGCGCUGGAAGCAGCAAUCCCGGGAAAGCUCUGGCGCGGCAAGGGCGUCGUCCUCGAGGCGCUCGUCCAUGUGGCGAAACGCGAAAACGGCACCGACCGGCACGGCCUCUUGGAGCUGCUCUUGCACGAGUGCGACCGCGCCCGCCGCGGCCACGAUGUCUCGUACCUCGAGAGUGCGAUCGUCAGUGUCGCUACCGUCGCCCCCGACUCGCCGCCUUUCGCGGCCUUUGAACAGCUCCAGCGUUUCUUCUUUCUGCACGAGGGCGAGGGAGAUGCCGCGCCAAGCAGUGUGCCACCGCUCGUCACCAAGCGCAUGUUUGAAGCCCUCGGCGCAUGGUGGCCGUCGUCGCCGCCGCCAUUGCCCGACGCGCCGGUCGCAGCGCAAACCGGCGUGCUUUCGUGGCUCACGCGCGAGGUUCUCUCGACGCCUCGCUUCCACGUCUGGAGCAUCCGUGAAGCUGUCUUUCUCUGCCUCGGACGUGUGCUCCAGGGCGUGGACAAACGCGUGCUCGAGAACCGACAGGUCGUCGCCGAUCUUAUCGCCGUGUGUUUGGGCGACGACGGUAUGCGCGAUGCCAAGUACAUGGCCGUGCGCAAGGCUGCGACGACGUCGCUGCUGGCACUCGUUUGCCGCGAAGGGCCAUUGCCCGUGGCGUUUAUCGUCUACAAGGAAGACGUGCUAGCAGCCGCCACGAUCCUCGCCGAGGAGCCAGAGCCCACCGUGUGUGCGCUCGCAUCGCGUCUGCUCGAGGCGCUUCGCGUGAAAACAUAGAGCCGUGUAAUGUGCAUGGUCGAUUGUAUUUGGUCG